AUGCAUGUCGUUGUCUGGUUGGCGAGUGGUGGGACGUUGGGACUUGUUGCCGACAUCGGAAUCACUUUCGGUUUCGACAACCCAUGGCUUGUUGUCAUUGUAGUAGUAGUAGUAGUAGUAGCGACUGUUUGUUCUUGUCGCCAUAGUAGUAGCAGUCGCCAUCUUCGUUCCAUCGAUUGUCUUGUUGAAUGGUGGAUUGAGACGGCAAAUUCAAUUUGGAAAUCCACCACUGAUUUCUUCCUUUUGUCUGGUAUUACCGGUGUAGAUUUGGAUGUCUUGGGCUUCUUGGUUUCAUGGAUGGUGCCAUUGUGA